AUGUUGUCUUUGAAAACUUUUCCAGAGAACGCAGCACUUUGGGGCGAAACUACUCAGUCAUCAGUGUAUGCAGACUCUUACCCUGAAUACGCGCUUGAUGAUUUGAUUGACACCUGCACUCACACUAACUCAGAGACCGACCCGUGGUGGAGAGUGGAUCUACUGGGGGUAUACAGCGUGAACAGAGUGACCAUCAUUAACAGAAUCAACUUUCCCUCGAGGUUAGACGGAGCAGUGAUUCGCGUCGGGAUCUUCCCUGACAUUUACAGCAACACCAUUCUUGAGGCCAGCGCUACGGCCACUAUCUCAUGCGGCGGGAUGGUGGGACGUUACAUGGUUGUUCAUAUUCCUGGAAACCAGAGGAUUCUUAGUCUUGCUGAAGUUGGAGUCUAUGGGUAUUUGGCAGGAAAUCGGGCAGUAAGAGGAGCCGCUACACAGUCGUCAACAUCUGGGAAUUGGUUUGCUGGAAAGGCCAUUGACAGUAAUCGAGGUCUGUUGAAUACGGCAUGCUCCUCAACCCUUAAUCAGACUAACCCGUGGUGGAGGCUGGAUCUGCAUGAUAUGUACCGAGUUAGUAAAGUGGUCAUUACUAACAGACGAGACUGCUGCACAGAACGAAUAAACGGAGCGGAGAUUCGCAUCGGGAACUCUUUGGAGAACAACGGCAGCAACAAUCCCAUAUGUGCUGUUAUUCCUGAUAUUCCAGCAGGCGAGUCCUACAACUACUCCUGUGAUGGGAUGGACGGACGUUAUGUGAUUGUUCAUAUUCCUGGAGAUCAGAAGAUUCUUACUCUUUGUGAGGUUGAAAUCUACGGGUAUUUGGCAGAAAAUCUGGCAGUAGAUGGAGUUGCUACACAGUCAUCAACAUCUGGGGACGGGUUUGCUGAAAAGGCCGUUGAUCGAGGUCUCCAGCAGUUGUACACGGGAUGCUCCUCAACCCUUAAUCAGACUAACCCGUGGUGGAGGCUGGAUCUGCGUUAUAUUUACAGAGUUAUUAAAGUGGUCGUCACAAACAGACAAGACUGCUGUGCAGAACGAAUAAACGGAGCGGAGAUUCGCAUCGGGAACUCUUUGGAGAACAACGGCAACAACAAUCCCAUAUGUGCUGUUAUUCCUGCUAUUCCAGCAGGCGAGUCCUACAACUACUCAUGUGGUGGGAUGGAUGGACGUUAUGUGAAUCUGAUCAUUCCUGGAGACAUGAAGAUACUCACUCUCUGUGAGGUGAAGGUCUAUGGAGAAGGUCCCGCUUUAAAAAGGUCAUUAGUAAAAAUGCAGUUUAACUCCAUCAAUGAUCUGACUGACCCUUCAAUGAGAGAAAAUGUUCUGAAACAGUUGGGAUCUGCUCUUGCUGAUAGAGGACUCACAAAUGUGACACUGCGAUGGACUCAAACUCCUGAACGGGUGAUCCAGAAGGGGAACGAUGCUAAACGUCCUUGCGAGAACAGAAAAUCCCCUUGAAAUCAACAGUCUUCAACUCUCUAAAUUCACAUUCAUAUUGAUCUGAAUCUAAAUAGACAAGAUUAAAUUUCUUCAUAAUUACGUGUUUUCAGUGUAAAGACUGUUAAAACCCCCUUUGGUCAAUAAUUGUGUCCCUUAAAACUCAUAUUUAAUGCCAAAAUGACAAAUUUUUUAUGCCUUAAAAUAUCUUGAAUGUAAC